AGAGUUGCGAAUGCGAUGCCAUAUUGUUGUGUACCAGGCUGUACAUCAUAUCAACGGAAAGAGAGUGAUAAAAAUAUAUCCUUUCAUCGCUUUCCGAGUGACUCAAAAGCCUGUCGUGAGUGGACUGUGAAAGUAAAAAGGGAUAUUGGACCUCAUUUUCAGAUUACAGACAACACGAGAGUGUGCUCCAAACAUUUUACUCAGGACUGCAUCAUUUGUUCGCUCACGGGGUUACAUAGACUGAAACGGGGAAGCGUGCCGACUUUGUUUACAUGGUGCUGUGAACUCAAGCCCAGGAGGACACUUCAGAGGCAUCAAGGUGUCUGUGAUAUUGAAACACUCGAGGAAGAAGAGGAGGACCAGCAUUUGUUUCCUGAUCAGAACACAAGAGAAGAGAAGGAGAAACAGAAGGAGAUUGCUGGUCUGACAGAGGAAAAUGAAAAUUUAAGAAGUCAGCAGUUUUGUCUACAGCGAUUCCAAUGUGAGCCCAAGAUGAUCCUGUUUUACACAGGAUUUAAGGAUUAUGAGACCCUCAAAGCACUCUACCUGUCUCUUCAACCUACAGCACAGUCUCUGGUGAGAUGGAGUCAAAUGCAAAGACUUAAUAAAACAGAACAGACUGUAACAGCUGGCUUUCAUGUUCACAACAUUUGUCUCUUUGACCAGUUUUUCUUGUUUCUCUGCCGUAUGAGGCAGGGGCUUCUUUCCACAGAUUUAACUGUACGGUUUAAUCUGUCAAAGGCCACGUAUCAGUCGGAUAUGUAUAACUUGGGCUAACUACCUUUAUUUUAUGCUUGGCACACUACCAGUAUGGCCAAGUAGAGAGGCUGUAGAUGAGCUAAUGCCGCCUUGCUUCAAGCAGACAUUUCCCAAAACACCUGUUGUGCUAGAUUGUACAGAGUUCCAUAUUCAAACAGCAAGCUCAAAGGUUCUUAACACGGUGACAUACUCUCAUUACAAAGACACCACAACUUUGAAAUCCCUGAUUGGCAUCACCCCCUUUGGGUCAGUUAGCUUUGUAAGCAACCUAUAUACCGGCUCCAUCUCUGACAAAGAAAUCACCAAAGAGUCAGUGCCCGAUUGCAUAAAGCACCUUAAGUGUAAUUUUCCCUUAAAGUGCAUAUUGCAGGUUAAAAAUUUUUUUCGAGAUGAAUAUAUAACCUUGUGCGAAAAUACCAUAUAAAAAGGUACUGCAGGAUUUAAAAAUGUUUUGCAGGACAUAAGGGCACAAAUUUAGUAGAUAAAGUGACGGUCUCUUUAAAAAACGCUUUUUUUUUUCAGCGUCGCGUCAUUUUACGUCACGAGAGGGAAUCGUUCGCUGAGCUCUGUGUUGAGUCAGUGCAGAGUAGGUUGGUAUUCAGUAAUAGCGGUCGUGAAUCAGCGUAUUUUCAGUAGUUUUUGUAUUCUAUUUAUCAUCGUCAUGGUAAAUUAUUGUGUUUGUGGAGGUUGCACAAACUCCAGCCUGUCAGGACAUCGAGUCCAGAGGUUUACUAACAAGAAAAAGGACGGUGCUAUCUUCUGUGCCGGGUUGUGUUUUGUGCAGGUGAAGAGACGGGACUUCACUUCUGCAUCGAAAAACGCGUUCAUUAUAGAGGAGGAUUAUCAUCGCGGGGAUAUGAUGGAGUUCAACAUUGUAAUACUAAUGUAAAUUAUGAUAUUAAAUGAAUAAACUUACACACGCGAUGCUUCAUCACCAUUUUUACGUGAAUUAAUUUCAACGCUGAUAAAUACAAAUGUACACAAAUGCAUACAGUCUCACACUCACACAAAACAGUUUUGAAUUAUGUGCUGGUAAUGUAAAUACUCCAAUUUGAUUCAUGCCAUGUAUGUACAUUCAAGUUCACUCAACUACAUAGUCAAGACGUCAUAUGCGUCCUCACACUAUCAGUGAAUGGGCACGGAAUAAACAUAACACAGAAUUAAUGAAUUUAGGAUAACAUGAAACACAUACAGUAACAAUACUUAUGUUCGUCCGCCGGCGGGAGACAUGAUCAUGGAUCCGUCAGAGAUGCAGCUCGAUGAAAACGUGAAUUGUGCACCGUAAGUAUUUUUUUUUUUUUUCACAUUUGCUAACUACCAAAUCAGUCGUGAUGAGAAUCCGCUAUAUCACGCAACAUUAGUGUGGACGGAUAUUAACGAGUAUGACAUAGGCUAUGCCUGAUCAAAGUUUCUGUUAUUAGUAAUCAAUAACGUUACUCCUAGAUGACCAAUACUACCUUUGCUGUUGCCUGAUACAUGAUAAUAAUCUGUACAAUAUUGUGAUCUGAGCACAGUGUUGCAUAUCGUUAGCUAACGUGUAUAUAUCUAUAAGCUAACACCACAGCUCAAUUUGUCUCUUCUGACUGUUCUGUCUAAUCCUGGCCUGUCCCUGCUCUCUUGACCACAUAGCAGGCUAAUUGUAUGGCUGUGGUCUGUUAUACAAGUAUGAAUAAACAUUUACAAUUUCCUCAGUGUCCGAACUGUCAUUGCGAUCCAUUGUUUUCCUAUUGUUUAUAUUGACCGCAUUCCCUCUCGUUACGUCACUUCCGAUUUGGCAUUUUUCAGAUGCGGAAGUAAAAUUUUCUCACAAAAAAGGACUCCAGAAGCCUAAGUAGUGUAUUUAUACGUGUAUUUUAAAGAAAAUCUAGUUUCUACAUUAUUUUUCUAUACAUUGAAUCACUGAAGCUCUAACCUGCAAUAUGCCCUUUAAGUUCGCCCUUAUGUUUCCCUUAAACUUAAGGGUGUUGCAGAAAAUAACCGUUAAGUAUUACUUAAGGGUUUCUUUAGGUGAAAUGUCAUAAACCCUAUAAAUUUCCCUUAAGUAUAUAAGUAAUCUCCUAAAAAACGUUAAGUGUUGCAUAAAGCCCCUUAACUGUCAUUUCCCUAAGUAUAACAUAAGGUUUGAAAAACUUCACCUUAAGUGUUACACGGAGUGAGCAGGUUCAAUCCAAGUCUUCUAAUGAGACACAAUAUACUGCUUUAUAUGAUAAACAAAUUGUAAUUUAGGCAUUUAUUCACAUAAACAUUGAUGAAAUUACAUAUGUAGCACAUAUGGUCAACGGAAGCGCAAACGUGCGUGCAUCACGCGCAAAAACAAACCUCAUUGGUUCUUGCGCUUGCGCGCACUUUCGAGCAUCCGAAACAGCCUUAUUCAUAUGAAUGUCUUUCAAUGAAUGGACAUAAAUGAUGAGAGGAUUUUAAAAGUAUCUUUAUUUGUUAUUCAAAUAUGAAUGAAUGUCUUAUGGGUUUGGAACGACAUGAGGGUGAGUGAAUGAUGGCAGAAAUCUCAAUUUUGAGUAAACUAUCAAUUUGAGUUUCUCGUCUGGUCUUUCUCUUUCAUAUUUGGUUUUAUUUUUUGUUUUCCUUAUCCAUCUUAUGUUGUUAUCUGUGAAAACAUGUCGUGAUCGGUAUUAACAAAUAACGUGUCCAUGGCAACAGUAGAAUUUUAUAACGGCAAAACCUUGUUGCUGUCAUGAAACACUUAACGGUUUCCCUUACCUAAGAGAACAGUUUAAGGGAUUAUAUGCAACACCCUUAAGUCAUUCCCUUAGUUAAGGGGAAAUCACGCCUUAAGUGUCAUACUUAAGGGGAAAAACGUAAAGUGCUUUAUGCAACCGGGCAUAGGCAUUCUAAAACUCCUUGAGCCAGGUGAUGAAAUAAUGGAUGAUAAGGGCUUUCUUAUUAGAGACCUCCUUGCUGACAUAGAUGUCAGUCUUGUAACCCCAACAUUCACAGGGCCAAGCGGACAAUUCAGUAAAGAUGAAAUUGAGAGAUUGCCCGCUUGAGGAUACACAUAAAGAGGGCUAUCAGACGCAUCAAAGAAUAUCACAUUUUUGAUGGUGUCCUACCCCUUUCACUAUGUGGUUCAGUCAACCAGAUGUGGACUGUUUGUGCUUUACUGACAAAUUUCUAAGGACCUCUAUUUUAAAGGAAAGUUUCACCCAAUAAAAAUUUGCUGAAAAUUU